UGGCCGUGUCUGCAUUCUGCUUCAUCGGGCUGUUUCCAUUGUCUAGACUCCUAUCCGCAAUGACUACCUUUCGCUUCCAUGGUCAACAUCUAGAUAAUGACCUAGUGACAUCGAUAUCUUCCCUUCUCGACGCUUUUAACAUCCCGAAUCUGCUUUGGGGCAACUAUCUGUUAACCGUCUACGGAGUCCCGACGGUUGUUGAUGGCGUGUCCUUUGUCGUACCCGAUGCACUUAGUGAAAUCUCCUUCUCUACUAUCGCUGAGGCUGGCUUUUAUCUCUGCUCGCGAUAUCUAGACUGCCCACAUUCAAAUUCAAAUCAAUGCCAGCCACCAUAUAAGCAUCUACAUAUUGAUAAUGAGCUUGCGAUACUGUUGUACAAAAAGUCUGAUGUGCUUUGGGAAUUUCCAGAGUUUGAGGCUGCUUUCCACGAUACCAGUGCGGAUAUUAUGUUCGCGUCUGACGCAAGGCUUCCUCCAGCUACUUUAGGUCGCGGUCGAGGGCGCUUUCUAUAUCCAAGUUCUGUCCGAAUCCCUAGCCCCUCGAGAUACUGUGAGGCUCUUAUACUGUUGCUUUGUCGAGAUUACGGAACUACCCGCGAGACUUACUGGUUGGCAAUUUUGACGUAUAUGCUAGAGUUCGUUGAUGGAACGGACAUUCUGAAUGAAGGAGGCCUGAGAGAGGGGCAGAAACAGUUUUAUCAUGCCCUGAAACUGGGCGAUCUAACUAUGUAUCCAAUAUUGAAGGACCUCCACCGUGACUUUCUAAAGCGGCGGCUCCCGCAAGUCAAGCAAAAUUGACUGACACAACUCGGAUCAUCUCAGUCCAAUGGUCCGCUUUACUAAUUUCCUAUCUUGACUGCCCCACAGCUUCUACUAUACUGUGCAGCACAUCCCAGCUUUUGCCGUCGGACAACGAACCUUGACCGGGGGUUUCUAGGGUCAGAUUCAAAGCCCCAGAAUGGCUUUACAUGGCAAGCCUGUCGA